UUUGAAUACAAAUUGAGGUCGAUACUAUUGACUCAAUAGUCAUAAUUCGAGCAUUUUUUAGCAACAGCCAAAUUUUUGUCAUGGAUAUUUUUUUUGAGUCAAUGUGAAAAUUGUCAUAAAUAAUUGAUGUUGCCGUACUGAAACCACACGUACUAAUUAUAAAUUUAGUCACAUUGGUUAGUGCGUUUGACUACAUACAAUGGCAUUAAGUCCCUACUUCUGUCAAAAUUUAAGUCAAAAAUUGUCUGGGAUACUUGACUCACAUUGUGAGUCUCACUAUUUACGUAUACUGAAUCAAAAAAGAAAUUUAUUUGAAAAAUCGCCUGCUUGGUCUUCCAACAACUUAGAUGUCACUAGUGAGCAGAUUCACUAAAUGGUUUAAAUCCAUUUGAGUCAGCACUAUACUUGUAUCAUGGCAUGGUGUGACCUUUGUUGAUGUACAACUAAUUGCAAUCAUAAAAAAGUAACUAUGGUACCAAUCCAUUAACGUUAUGUACAAUGUUCUGGUUUUGGGUGUUGAAUUCCAUUUUGCACUCAUGUUUGGCUCGUUAGGAGAAAUUCGAUCGAUUUUUGGCUCGUUCAAUUCUCGUUUUGUCGAGUCAUACACACAGAAUUGCUGCAGCAUAUGGUUCGGUACAUGAAUGAUGUCGAGUUUCAAAAUCUAUUUCGGAUCUUUCUCUCAUUCUCCGUACAUUCGCCCGCUUCAAUUCGUUUGGGUUUAUAUAGAAGAAAAUGUUAUUUCAGGCUAGAUAUUAUAUUCACAAACUUCUCUCGAAUCCAUCGUGCUAUGUACAAUAUUAUGUUGAUGCCAAGAAACAGCAUAUAAUGCUGUGUGAGCAUGUGGGCUAAAGGCAAACCCAUCGAAAGCAAUCUAUCAUUCCACUUGAUAGCUGUAACUGUCGGAGUUGAUGGCAUUUUGUACAUUCGCUGUAGCAAUGCCAGAAGGUACUCAAAGAGGGAAGGUUACAUUCAACCGACAAGAUACAAAGCCGCAAGAUUAUGCUGCCUUUGUAGAAUGUUCAACAUCGAUUUUAUCGUAUAUUUCGUAUCAUUCGUAAACUUCAUCAUUGGUCUUCAGUUCGGUUCGGUUUGGUUUUUACCUUUCCUGAAAGUCAUUCACGUUUUCAAGACAUAUAUUGCUUGUAAUUAUCAUGCUAAUGCUAUGUAAAAGAAAUCCAUUCGAUCUCUCUUAUUCAAGGCGAAAGUAGCUCACAUCUGAAUUUCAUAUAUACAUAUACGUCCAUAUAGAUAAUUAUAUAUACAGCCUUCGUGACUAUAAGAUACAGAGAUACCACACGGUCGUAAAACAUUCACCAAAAUAAAUAUUGUCAAUUCAAUAUAAAAAUCCUACGGCAAAUCCACAAGGUAUUUGAUAAAAUACAUAUAUGUACAUAAUGUCUUUUCAAAUGCUAUUCAUAGUUACGAAAGCGGCGGUUGUAUUCAUUGUGCAAAUAUUUGGGUUGGACAUUUUUUCCACUGAAAUAUUGCUAAUGAUCUAUUGGUAUAGACACAUUUUGAAAAUUUAUUCCAUUUUAAUGUUUUUUAUUCAACUUUUUUCUUCGUUACAAUUUUUGUUACAUUUAAACAAUUCAAUAUUUGGAAUCGGCGUCAAGAUCUCAACAAUCGAUAUUUUCGGCAAUUCAUUGAUUUUUUUUUCUCAAGAUUCAGCCUUUUUCAAAUUCAUAAGGAAUCCCCAAAAUUUGGAUAAAAAUUUACAGAUGAGAAAUUACAUUACAACAUUUACUAGAUUUACAAGAGGUACAAGUUACAAAUUACAAUUCGUCAAGCUACAAACGAAAAGUGGCAAUGAACAAAUUAACUGUACUAUGAAAAUUUUGUGCCAUUUUUCAUAAGAUGCCUCCACUCGUAUCAAGUAUGUAUUAUGAGUGGUAAAGGUCUUGCAGCGCCUUUCAAUGUAAAAAUAAUACAAGUGGAGAAUGGCACACGGGUGUGAUCUGUUCUUUUGAUAUUGCGUUUAUUAUAUUAGCAUAUAUACCAGUCAUGUGUUUAAGUUUAAAAGUACAAAAAAAAACUGUUAAAUUUCUGUUAAACUUACAUAGUGUUCUAUACGGAUUCCGAUGUAAUGGAGCCACCUAAAUGCCAAUCUAUAUGUAAUUUCGUAUAAACGGCUUUCCAUUUUACUGGAAAUCGUAUAAAACCCCGAGAGUUGUAACUAACCAUAUCUCUUCAUAAGUAAUUUGAGACUUUUUGAUUGACAAUUGACUGGCUAAAAGUGAUUAUCUCCAAACAAAAUAGUCAACUUUAGUCGAAUUGUCUGUAGCGCAAAUUAAACUUUGUAUUUUUGACCUUAAUGUGAAACAAAAAACGAAAUCCAUAAAGGCUCUCGGAAAUCGCCUAUGUUGCUUUUGCCUCGAACGUCAAUGUCAUUGGCAGCAUUGACGUUUUACUGACUUAAAAGCAUUGAAAUGUCAAUUGCUUUGACGUUCUAGGCACAAAUUUCCGAGAGCCUUUGAACAUAGACUUAUUGGUGAUUUUCACUCCAAUGAUAAGAGAUACACGAUGAAAGUCAAAAGCGAAGUUAGACAAAGUCAAUGAAAUCCAUGACUCACAUUCGAUCUGCUAUAGUUCUGAAUGCAGCCCACAACCUCGGUCAGUCAAAAAGUCCCAAAGUAGCUAUGAAUAGUGAUAGUUAAUCUGAUUAACUUAACCCUCAACUGCAUGAAUUUUCCCCAGGACUGGGAGUACUGGUAUUUGGUUGAUUUUUGGCCAUAGAUAACGAAAAAAAUAUUCAUAAUCCUAGAUUUCCCAUGGUUUAGUCAGGAAAUGCGAUAGAAAUAAGUCAGAGAACAAUGAAAUCCAUUGUUUAAAAGUGUCAAAAAUAUGUCUAAUUUGGAAACUGAAUAAUUUAUUUUGUCAAAUUUUCGUUUUCGUGCACAUUUUUGUUUAUAACUCACCAAUCGUACGACAUAGACAAAUGACGCCAAGGACAAAAAUAAAGAAAAAACAUUGACAAAUAAAAAUUCCCCUUGAAGCAAUGUCAUCCGCCGUACGAUUCACAUUAUACAGGUGUUUAAAUGAUGCCCGCCAAAAGGCGGGCUUAUGCAGUUGAGGGUUAAUCACAAUGGGUAACGGAAACGAAUGCACGCGCUAUUUUAGUCGCAACAAUAAACACUCUUCGUUAUGAAUGACAUAGACAAUUGUGUGUUUACUGUAUGAAUAAGUCCUUCGACACGGACACAAUAGACAAUUCUGUGAAUAGUAUUCAAUGGAUACGAACUUCGCGGCGCUGCAAUCGAUUUUGCAGAUAUAUCUUCAGUUUACUGGCAUUCAUUGGUUAAUUACAAUAUUUUCACUCAUCUACGUAAGUCUAGUUUGACCUAGUGCAUGCAAACUUUCGGAUUUUUCAUGUCUCAACCAGACCAGACCAGAUCUGUACCACGAGAAACUGGUUCUCUUGAGUUCUCUGUUACAACAACCAAUAUUAUUCUAACGUUGUUAGCCUAUUCAUACCGUACAAUUUAGCACGAGUAACUUAUAAAUAAUAAAUUACCGCAUUACAAUAUUCAUUACUUUAGUUAAUUAAAUUGAUUUCUAUAUUUAUAAUAAAGUCGAACAUUCACCAUGCAUAAUUAGCUAUUGUUAAUCAAUGACACAAACUCGAUUACUUUCUACCUAUUUUUUUUAAUUCAACUUCAUAGCAAACGGAAUUUCAGGGUAAAUUGUUCACAUGUGACGUGGCUUCCUGUGAUUCCAUUCUGUAGGUCCUCAAAUAUUUGCUUCAGUCAUUUUCGAAGCAAAUUUGAAAUGAAUGUCACGUUAAUAUUUAUGACUAUUAUAAAUUUUUCAUUUUGUUGCAUUUAUUGUAUGGUAUAAAUAGCAUCAUUACAACUUUUCUAGCAAUUUUGCAUUUUUCUCGACUUAAUGAUUUAAAAUUGCUCGAUACAAUCAUCUGCUGAUUUUUCCAUUUGAAUAUACAAAUAGCAAUUGUUUACGUUAUUAUGCGAAACAAUUCGAAUGACGAUUUCUCGAACAAAUGUUCUUUUUUUGGUGAGUUUCUCAUCCAAAAAAUGUGAAAUAUUCCAUGGGACAUGUCAUUGAACUAAUAUUUUCGUUUACUUUCAGUCGAAAGAAAAACACAAAGUGAAUGCGGUGCACUUUUGCGGGCCCUAUUUACAGCAAAUGUUGUAAACAUUCUCUCGAGAAAUGCUUUCGCAAGAGCAAUGAAGCGAAUUGUUUUUGAAUUUGGAAAUUUAAUUGCUUUGCAUUUUACCGUAUACCAGGCAUUCGUUUUGUUUAUUCAAUAACAAUGUUAUAUUAUAUAGGUAGUAGGUACAUUAUUCAUUAUGGUAUAUAAUUUUGAAUCGCUAUGGUGCUGUAGAAGAUUUCGUGUUCUAGCGACGUUAGCGAGAAACUUCGACUUAGUGCUCAACGACAUAAUGCGCAUGUUAAAUUGUAUAUUUGCUAGGUUCUUGAAUAUGAGUUUGUUGUCUUUUAUUAUCGCAAGGUUAUUUCCUGUAUGCGUAUCAUGAAUGAACGUAAUAAAUGAACGGGAUAUUCGUUAAAAAAUAGAAAAAAGAAUAGAACAUCGUUUAAGAAGCAUUUGAAGUUGUUGGAAGUUGUGAAACAUAUGAAGGCAUCAGAAUAAAAACGACAUUUGAUAAGCACACGUAACAAAGCGCAACUCACAAAUAUUUGCGGAACAAAAUUUUGCGGUUACAUAAAAGCGGAACACUGCAAUACUUAUAUUACAUGCAAAGUGUCUGAGUGUAAGAGUACGGUGUUACACAUUCAUUUAACUACAAAAUUUCGUUUCGCUUUGACGCGCAAAUGCUCUUAGCAGCGGAUCGACGCGUUUUAUUCUGACACAUUCAUAAAUAAACCGAUAUGUGUUCGUACAAAAACUUCCACUAAUGAUAACGAGGGGCGAAAAAAGUUUCCAUCGCGCUUAUCAACGACCGACCUUUGACACACCCGGUUUUGUAUUUUUGUACGACAAAAAAUUCAACAACCAUUGCAAAAAACAACCUUAUAUCUUCUCAUUUUAUUUCCCACCUAUCUGCUCACAUAUUCAAAAAAAAAGGUGGACAAAUAAAAAAGCCAAAGUAAUAUCAAUAUUUACUGUAAUAUUAAACUUACAUUAGCAUUUUAAUUCCAGAAAUAUUAUUGUAUUUCAAAUUUGAUUGACUGGCAUUUGUUAUUGAAUAGGGGAAAAUCGUUGAUUUCAAUCUGUGCUCCGAAGUGUAGAAAUAUUGGGAAAAAUACAAUGCCAAACGCGUUUGAGAUAUGCCAAUACGCUUGUGUAUAUUUAUUUAUUAGGGUAAGAGCAGUGAGCAGUCAUGAGAUGACUCAUUUAGGGUAUGAGUAAUUUUGACUCAAUGACUCUGCUAGCUUACGUAGUGAAACCUAAUCAUUUUCCCCCUCUUUCACUUUUCGACUCGCAUAUGUCACUACGAACAGCACGCAGUGCUAUUGUACGAAAUCGUUGAAAUGUAACGAAAUGAGAAAAGCGUGAAUCAACUCAUUGCGAAAUAUCCGUACUUUUCAUGUGCAUUCCAUUUUACACGCGUUUGCCAUGUAAUAAUGCCACAUUGUUGCUGUUUUAUAUUGAGCUCACGAUUUGAGUCGCAAUGAAAAAUCAACAACAAGUAUAUACCAUAUACACGGUUGUUGUUUUCCACAUUGAACCUUCAUACGUACUUUUUUAUUAAAAAAAAAAGAAACAAAGAAGAGAAAUAAAUAAAACGUUUUGCCUGGAGCACAAAAUAUUUGUACAAUGCAAGAUAAUAUAGGAGUCUGAGUGAAUGACGUAAUGCUUCUUAAAAUAUGGGCAAACAAUGCUAUAUUCCGUUGCGACACAGAACAAUCGAAGGCCAGCAGCAGUCAGUCGACUGUACUCCCCUCGUGAAUGAAUGGUAUUGGCCCAAGAAUUUGUAUGACGAUAGCAAAAGUACACCGUUUCGCUGAACCAAACUAUUGAAGCAUACUGCACUUCAGUACGUUUAAUUAAACAAUUUUGUGGAUAGGAGUAUAUACGUCGGGAAUGGUAUGAUUUUGAACGUGCUAUACGCACUUGAUACUGGCGGAAACAGGCAUUUUUGUAUGGAAGUCAUUUAUAUGGUUUGAAUUUUGAUAUUUUCAUUUUUGAAAUGUUCAUAAUCCGUGUAAUGAGUGAAAUGAUAUGAUUUACGUAUACGAAAAUGAGUCAUAUGUUUCAUGAAACUGAUCAGCAAUAAGAGAUUACUCUCUUCAGCAAAGUUAUAGAAGACCUUGAGUACUACAACAUUUCUGAAAAGAAUAUCCUGUUAUCUCUUAUCAGUUCCGCGAAAAUCGCGAAAACAUACGUUUCUUUUCGACGAUAUAAAUCGAGAAAAAAUAUACAUCUCACGCAUAGAAUUAUAAUUAUAAAGACGAUCCGUCUAUACUGACCCGUGAUUUUUUUUCCCCAGUUUUUAGUACACUCAAUUUUUAGUACAUCGGACUUUUAGAACAUUUUAGUACAAAUAUCUUCAAAGUAAUUUAUUGUCUUGUUCGUAACCAAACUCAAAUUUGGCUUGCAUUACGAAAUAGUCUACAGUUGUUCGAAUGCGUUCAACUGCUCAUCAUUCUAAUUGAAGUUCAUUGACGUAAUCAGAACUGGUUAUCUAGUCUUACUUUAUCUACAAUGUUAAUUUUCUCGUUGCAUUUAAAUGAAGCGCGUUAUAUGCAAUCUCAGGACUACGAAAAUUGUAGAAUUAUUUUUCCAUGUGCGAUAACGUAGAAAGCCAAAAAUUACUAUUAUCAAUGCUUGUUGUUGAUUUAUUGGUCAAAUCACGCGCGUAUCGGUCAAAUGAUGUGAUUUUCAAUAAAGUCACAUUAUUUUGGUCGCAAUAAAUAAGGCAGUGUACGGGUAAGUGGCGGUAACUCGUUAAAUUAGUUCAAUAAAAUGAACACUAGCACGAAUAAGCGUGGCAUUUGAAUCGUGUCAGUCUAAAAAUAACAAAAGACAAAGUACAAUUCCUUAUUGCCUUUCAAAUUGUCUGGUUUCUGCCAUACAGAAAUUGUGCAAUGAGUUUUGCUUCUGCAUCUAAAAUAUUGCGCUGACAUUUUAAUACUUGAUGUAUUUGGGUCGAAAAUCGAACGACCCUCAGCUGAUAAGAGUAGAAUGAGCAUCAAAGAGGAAAUCAUUGAAACACGUAUAUAGAUUCGUUGCAUAGGUUUGCGCAUGCAUGGGUCGAGAAAGUUGGAUGGACUAUAUGGUCUUUUUUUGAUGAAGCAUGCGCGCUCUGUUUCCAUGGAGAAUUUGAAUUAAAAUUUCAACUAAUUCAACAACCUUGUGCGCUAGGAUCCAAAUUUUGAGCUUGAAAAGCGGCAACAAUACACCUAAAAGUUGAGAAAUUAUCAUAAAACUUUAAAAAAAACUUUUUCCAAGGAGAGGAAAACUCAUUAAAAAGAGAUGCCGUUCAUUGUAUUACCGUUUUUAUUCUGCCAGAAAAGACCUUUAUAUGAUUUUUGGAAUCAGAAUAAGUCAAAUAGCCAAUAUUUGCAACAUGCUUAUCUCUUUUGAAUAUUAAACCCAAUGAACGAUAACACUUUUGAAUAUUCCGCCCCCACAGAACAAUUACUACUUUUUUGCUUCGAGAAAUAUUGAAAAAGGCACGAUUUUGUAAUACAUUUCGUUUCAAUGACCGUAUAAAAGCUUGAAAAUUGAUUAGAAAACUUCAAACAUUAAUGAUGUUGACCUUUGAUUCGUUUGAAGCAAUCGUUUUGCAGUAAAUUUGAAUAUAAGAUGAGUUUUACAAUAUAACUUCAAAUUCAAUCUAAAAACAGUUGAAAUUCAUAUUCAAUCUUUGAGCAUCAUCUUCGUUAUUGGCAAUGGGUGGGAGAAGCUGCACUGGCCGCCAUACAUACCAAGCAAAGAAAUGUAAACAACAUUAUUCAUUUCUUUUUCUCUUCAAAUUAGGCAUGAGAAUUAUUCUCUUUCUCAGCCAUCUAUUCCAUUGGCUUCUAUUGUUUUUGUUGAAAAACAAAUCUUCAAUCGUCCAAUUUUGUUCGCAUCUGUAUGCCACGCAUAUUUUCCUUCAUUAAAUAAAUAAUGAUAAGAAUGUGAUAAUUCAUAUUGACAAUCAUUUUGAAUCGCUAAUUGAGCAAAAAAAUGCGCUGCCUUUGAUUACGUCAAACCGGUCAAAAUGUAACUCUUACAUUCAUAGCUGAUUGCUGACCGUUUUCUUUUCACAUAAAUUCAAACUUCAGCUACGAAUAUGAAAUUUCAAAUUUGUUCGAAACAAACAAGCUGGAAAAAGCGAAAGGGGCUUUUUAAAAAAAGUUCAUUCGUUAUUUGCAUUUCCAAUUAUCGUUGCUUCAUCUUUCAAUUUUCUAAUCUUUGACUACUUAGACGAAGAAAAAAGGUAUCGCAAUCGUAAACUGGUUUUUCUAAUACACGGAAAACUCGGUGGAUGAACGUUAUUUGAAAAUGAACGUUGUAUGCAUUGCUUGUUGGGAAUUUGUACCGCUAAAUUCCAAUUCAUUUGCAAUGAACUGUCAUUUGCGGUUUAUUUACAAACACUGUGACGACGACACAUUGUACUGUCAAACAGCAGUUGUAUGGAUAGGCAACAAUAGAUUCUUUUUCUUUUAUUUUGUUGUUUUUCAUUUUUAAAUGAUUAUUUUAUUAGAGUUUUAUUAUUUAGCACAGUGAUUUGUUUACAAUUCCAUUCCAUUGAGGCGUCGGCGAAUUUAUUCCUUUUUCAUUUCAUUUUUUAUCGGGAAUUACACGAAGCAAAGGAGAAAAAAAAUGUUUCAAAAUUUACGAAAGAAGGUGAAUGCAGUUUUGCCAGACAUAGAAAAUAUGUAUUUAUCAAGUCCAACUAUUGCACCGAGUGCAUCGUCACCGAAUAAGGUUUUGAAUCAUCUUGGCCUAUUGAUACCGUCAACAUCUGCAUCGUCAUCAACAUCCAGUGAUCACACAAAGAUCACAUCAACACAGUGGCCAAAUUCCGAUGCAAUUAAUUUUGGUGCUGGAUGCGAAUUGCUCGAUCGAAAUGAGAAAAUUUGGGAAGAAUUGCACGCUGCCAAUGAAUCAAAUGCAAAAAAAGCCGAAACAUGUGAUGAAAUGAUUUCCAAUUUAACCGAAUCCAUUAAGAAGCGAUGCAUUGAUUUAUCGGAUAUUAAUAUAUCGCUUGAAAUUAUCCCGAACAUCGUUCAAACCAUAGAAAAUUGCUCGACCAUUAUGAUUGAGAUCAAUGAUAAGUGCACCGAAGUUGAAAAUCAACUUUUUGAACUGGAAGACUUGAUGGAAUUGCUGCAGCUACAAGAGAAACAACUGGACAGAAAAUUCGAAAUGGCAAUGUUCAAAGAACGAAAAUUAGCCAAUUUGGAAAAGGUUCGCCAAAGUCUGGCGUCGAAGCAUGCAGAUACGGUGAAAGAAAGUGAAAGACAAAUGCGACUUUUGCAACAAGAGCGACAGGCUGUCUUCCAAGAUGCAUUUCAAAGUGAUUUAAAAUACUACAAAGAAGUUGGAAAAAUCCCAAAAAUUGAAAUCGAGCAUAAGGCAGUUCAACAAACGCUAAGCCUAGAGGAAAUUGUUCUAGACAACGACAUUGAGAAUAAGGAAUUGGAUAAAUUUUUAAACGAAUAACUGCCGACGACCUCCUAAAUUAGAUCAACAUUGUGAUACUAUACAAACAUUUCCUACCGGAAGACUUGAGUCAAGUCAAAGUCACUUGACCGCUUCUGUAUGCAUUUCCUUAGAAAUUGUUUAUCAAAUUUUACCUCAUACAAUCCGAAUUCUUCCCCACACAAAAUGCUUAUCAAGUGCCUAACAAUAUCGAUAUAUAAUUUUAUUAUUAAUUUAUCACAAUACGAUGGAAAUUUGUAAAUAGAUUAGUUCGUAUGUGUAAAUAAGAGAUUUUUCAAAUCGAUUCAAACAAA